AUGGCGACCCCGCGUCGUUUCUUCUACCUCUUUCUACUCUCUUUCCUCACGGCCUCUCUGCAGCUUGAGGCAAAAGUGACGCCUGGAACGGAUAUGGACAGUCUCUUUUUCUGCACGGCUUGCGUCGUUGUCAUCGGGAGUUUGAAUGAGGACUUGAAAUACCUUGUGGACUCGGGCAAGUACUGGCGGCAAGUCGACCUUGAUCAUCGGCUGUCGAUCGCGUGCGGGCAUCCGCAGAUCGCUAAAGGCGCGAUGAACGCCAGCUGCGGCAGGUUCAUGAUGCAGCACUACCGCACCCUGAAACACGACCUGUACAGACGGUACACUCCAGGCUACGAAGAGCACGAAGAGCUGCUGACUGUGCGCGAGUACUGUGAGAAUCUGCAUGCCUGUCGCCCCAAGCAGCUCACACUGCACGAGCACUACGCACAGGCAGCGAAAAACAUGGUGGGACAGUAUGAGGAGACGAACAGCCCGUACCUCGCGUACCAGUACAAGAAAAUGAAGGAAAGACUUCUGAUGUAA